AGAGCAGCACCAUCCACCCACAUUUUUCCAAACUCCAACUUGGGAGUCACCCUCGUUGGCCAAAUCCCAUCGAAAACAUCCUACCCCUGGCGCUGAUGCAGAAAGAGAAAGCCUGCCCAGCGGCCCCCUAAACCCUGCCACACCCGCUAGGAGGAUUCGGGGCGCGGUGAGGGCGUGGCUGGAAACAGCGAGGGCUGGGCGCAGGCGGCCUCCCACUGACUUCUUCCGAGGUCAGCGCAGGAGCCGGAGAGAGCCCGAGCCCGGAAGUACCCGGAACCGGGAGCGCUUGGAGCGGGACACCUGGAGCCAGAGAACCCGAAGUCUGGAGGCGCGGCGUCGGGAGAGGCGGGAUCCUCUGGCAGGAUGACGGUGGGAGUCUUUGCAAGUUGUACCUUUUGUUUGAAAGUCAAGCACUUACCUCGACAACAGAAGAUAAAGCUGCAAACUGACAUUAAGGAAAAUGGUGGAAAUGUUUCCUUUUUAUUAAAUCCCCAGUGCACACACAUAAUCAUAGACAGUGUUGAUGCUCUGAGCCAGUACCAACUGAACUCUCUCCAAAAGAAACACAUCCAUAUUGCAAGCCCAGAUUUUAUAUGGGAAUCUAUCAAAGAGAGGAGACUCUUGGACGUAAGGAAUUACGAUCCUAACAAGUCACCGGACAGCACACCACCUUGUCCAGAGGCAAGCAGUUCUGAAGUGAAAACAGAUGACCUAUGCCUGGACAGUUCCACAGAGACGGAAAACACUGUGGAACUCACUAAGUUUUACAUGGAGAAUGUUGAAAUUCCUCAUUUUCCUCAAGAUUUUGAAGUUGCAAAAUACAGCAACUUGGAAAAAGUGGGGUUGGAGGGGCGUCAGGAGACAGCCGUGGUGGAGUUGCAGUGCUCUCAGGACCCCGGGGACCCCGCCUUCCUCAUAUCCGCACACUUCCUCACGGCCGGGGGCACUGAGACCAGAAGUCAGUUCUCUGUGAAGACCUCUGCAGAUGCAAUUGAGUGCUACGAAAAUUACAUCGAAGAGCUGAAGAAGCAAGGAUUUCUGCUGAGAGAACGUUUUACUCCCGAAGCCACCCAAUUGGCAUCUGAAAAACUGCAAGCAUUGCUUUUAGAGGAAGUAAUACAUUCAAGCACUCUGAGCCAAGAGGUGAACGAUUUGGUGGAGAUGAUUUGGGCAGAGGCUCUCGGUCACCUGGAGUACAUGCUCCUCACAUCUGUGAACCGGAUCAGUCUUAACGACGUGAGCAAGGCAGAGGGAAUUCUCCUCCGAGUAAAGGCGGCACUGAAAAAUGGAGAAACAAAAGAGCAGUUGCAAAAGAUGAUGAGUGAGUUCUACAGAUUAAUACCUCACAGAGGUACAGCAACUGAAGAAGUUAACCUGAGACUAUUAGCCAAGAAAGAGGACCUCUGCCAGCUAAUAAGGGACAUGGUUAAUGUCUGUGAAACUAAUUUGUCCAAACCCAACCCGCCAUCUCUUGCCAAGUACCGAGCUUUGAGAUGCAAAAUUGAGCAUGUUGAACAGAACACGGAAGAAUUUUUCAGAGUUAGAAAAGAGGUACUGCAGAGUAAUCGCAGUCAAAGUCCAGUGGACAUCUUGCAGAUAUUCAGAGUGGGCCGAGUGAAUGAAACCAUAGAAUUCGUGAGCCAGCUUGGCAACGUGAAGCCGCUGUUGCACGGAUCUCCCGUGCGGAGCUUCGUAGGCAUCUUGUCCCGUGGGUUGCUUUUGCCCAAAGUAGUUGAAGAUCGUGGCGUGAAAAGAACAGACAUUGGAAAUCUUGGCAGUGGAAUAUAUUUCAGUGAUUCACUCAGCACCAGUAUCAAGUACUCACAUCCGGGAGAGACAGAUGGCACCCGGCUCUUGGCCAUCUGUGAUGUAGCCCUUGGGAAGUGUGCUGACUUACACCAGAAAGACUUCUCCUUAACGGAAGCACCGCCAGGCUAUGACAGUGUCCACGGGGUUCCAGGAACAGCCACUGUCACUACGGACUUCGAGGACGAUGAAUUUGUUGUAUAUAAAACCAAUCAGGUUAAAAUGAAAUAUGUUAUUAAGUUUUGUUUACCUGGAGAUGAAAUAAAGGAUUUCCAUCCUUGUAAUAAUGCUGAAUUAGAGGAAUACGCACCCGAGGUUUCAAAUUUUUCAAAGGUUGAAGAUUACCAGUUACCAGACAGCAGACCUUUCAGCAGCAUCAAGGCCGGCCUCCAGGACAUCUCUGGGAAUUCAGUUCCUCUUGAGGACGUGCACAUCAAGGGGAAAAUAAUAGACUUUAUAGCCCAGGUCGUUGUUUUUCAGACAUACACAAAUCAGAGUCAUGUGCCCAUUGAGGCAAAAUAUAUUUUCCCUUUGGAUGAUAAGGCAGCUGUGUGUGGUUUCGAAGCAUUCAUCAAUGGGAAGCACAUAGUGGGAGAGAUUAAAGAGAAGGAAGCCGCCCACCGAGAAUACCGCAAAGCCAUCAGUGAAGGUCAUGGCGCUUACCUGAUGGACCAGGAUGCACCUGAUGUUUUUACUGUAAGCGUUGGAAACUUACCUCCCAAGGCUAAGGUCCUUAUCAAGAUUACCUACAUCACAGAACUCAGCAUCGAGGGCACCAUGGCUAUCUUCUUCAUACCCGCCACGGUCGCCCCCUGGCAACAGAACAAAGCUUUGAACGAAAACAUCCAGGAUACGGUGGAGAAGAUUUGUAUAAAGAAAAUAGGAACAGAGCAAAGCUUCUCUUUGAGCAUGUCUAUUGAGAUGCCGUACGUGAUUGGAUUUGUUUAUAGUGAUACACAUGAACUGAAAAAAAAGAGCACAGACUGCAAAGCUGUGAUUAGCACCGUGGAAGGGAGCUCCUUAGACAGCAGUGGAUUUUCUCUUCAAAUCGGUUUAUCUGAUGCAUAUCUCCCAAGAAUGUGGGUUGAAAAACAUCCAGAAAAAGAAAGCGAGGCCUGCAUGCUCGUUUUCCAACCAGAAUUCGGCGUCACCCUCCCUGAUAUAGCCGAGGAGAGUGAAGUGAUUAUUUGUCUGGACUGCUCCAAUUCCAUGGAGGGUGUGACAUUCUUGCAAGCCCAGCAGAUCGCCUUAUACGCACUGUCCUUGGUGGGUAAGAAGCAGAAGGUGAACGUUGUCAAGUUCGGCUCAGGUUACAAGGAGUUGUUUUCCUAUCCUAAGUGCAUCACAAACAAUACCAUGCCGACCGAGUUCAUUACGUCUGCCCUCGCCUACCAUGGAAACACGGACUUCUGGAAAACGCUUCCGGUAUUGGGUUUACCCCCUUCUCGAGGGCUACGGAACAUCCUGCUCAUAUCCGACGGGCAUCUGCAGAACGAGGGCCUGACGUUGCAGCUGUGGAAGAGGCACAGUCGGCACACCAGGCUCUUCUCCUGCGUGUCAGGUGAUUCUACAGCAAAUCGUCAUGUUUUGAGGACUCUGUCCCAGUGUGGUGCUGGAGUAUUUGAAUAUUUUAACUCAAAAUCCAAACAUAGUUGGAAAAAACAGAUAGAGGACCAGCUGACUCGGUCCCGUUCUCCGAGCUGCCACUCUGUCUCUGUGACUUGGCAACAGCUCAGUCCGCGGGCUCCAGAGCCCCUGCAGGCCCCCGCCCAGGUGCAGGCCUUGUUCGACGGCGACCGGCUCCUGGUCUACGGCUUUAUUCCUCACUGCACACAGGCAACUCUGUGUGCAUUGAUUCAAGAGAAAGAAUUUUCUACAAUGGUGUCAACAACUGAACUCCAGAAGACAACUGGAACUAUGAUUCACAAGCUGACAGCACGAGCUCUGAUCCGAGAUUAUGAAGAUGGCAUUCUCCACGAAAAUGAAACGAAUCAUGAGAUGAAGAAGCAGACCUUAAAGUCUCUGAUUAUUCAACUCAGUAAAGAAAACUCUCUCAUCACACAGUUUACAAGCUUUGUGGCAGUUGAGAAAAGGGGUGGUAAUGAGUCACCUUUACCUGAUACUCCAAAUAUUUUGGAACUUAUUGCCAAAGAAGAUGUGGAUUUCCUGCCAUACAUGAGUUGGCAGGAGGAGCAGCCAGAUGCCAUCAUGACACAGCCUCCUUCAUCAUCCUCUGCAUGGCACGAAGAAUUGCAAUGUAAACGUUUGACUAAAAGAAAACUUAAGUCACCUAGAGUGGAAGUUUUUGAAGAUUUGGAAGUUCCUGGCUUAGGUUCCCAACAACCAGAAGAAUCUUUAACACUUCAUUUUGAACGUAGAGAUGUGGAAAAGCCAUUGGAUUUAAGUCAGAUGGAUUCACUUAAACCCAAACUAAUUGAAGCACGGCCUGCAGAAGCCAUUUCACCAAAAAUGACUGUUCCCAAGUUUUUUGGUGCUCCUGGUUCAGCCCGUUUGCUAGCUGCCCCCUCUACUGGAUUUUCUUGCCCCCGUCCUCCCAACUUGCUUCCUCAGAGCUCUCUUUUUGGUUCUGUUGCUCGUCCCAAACAGUGUGGUCCAUCUAAGAAUUACCAAGGCCUUAAGACUGGCCGUCGUACUGACACUUCCCUUGUGUGGGGCUCUCCUCCCAGACUGCCGCCUUUUGAAUCUUCUCCUAGUUUGGCUCUUUCAGCUGCCUCACUUAGCUCCAGACAGUUUGAGCUACCUAAAAUUGAUGAUGACCUUGACCGCUACAGUUUUGCUGACAUUUCCCAUGAGUUGGACUCUCCUCCACAGCAGAAUCUUUUGUUGUCUCCUAUGCCUCCUCCCCCUCCUUCCCUUUCUCUACCGGCAGAGGUUACCUUUCAUCCUCUUCCUCAUUCCUCUCUUCAUUUCCCAAAUUUCCCAGCUCCCUUGAGCACCAGUCACAAGCAGCCAGUAUGUUUAAUGGAGCUUGAUACUGAAGCCAGAAUUGCUUCAUCAGAUUCUCCCCAACAUGUAGGUCUGGCUGCCUCCAGUUGUUCUGACACAGCAAGUGAUGAAAGUUUGUUUUAUUCUUCCCAAUAUGCAUUUUUGUGUUCUUCUGAAACAGAAAAUGAAAAUUCUUUUGAAAUAGAAAGUGAUGAAACACUAGGAUUUCUGGAAAGGAGGCUUUUUAAAGGGCUGGCAAAAUCUGAUAGAACAAGAAGAGAUUUUCCUGCAAGCUUUCGGGCACUAAAGGACGAGGACGACACAGUCUGCAAACAAAGCUGGAGGAAUUCUGUGCCUUGGACUGACCUCUUCAGUCUGCAGACUGAGGAUGGCUUCUGGAAACUUACACCAGAAUUGGGAUUUAUAUUGAAACUUAACACAAAUAUUUUAAACAGCUUUCUUAAUCAAAAAGGCAUUCGAUCUCUAGGUAUAAAAGGAAAAGAAUGCCUUCUGGACCUGAUCGCCACACUUCUGGUACUACAGCUUCUUCGCACCAAGUUGGAACAAGAGGGAAUAGUCUUCAAAUCCCUGAUGAAAUUGGAUGAUGCCCCCAUUCCCAGGAAUAUUCACUGGGCUUUUGAGAAAAUAAAGAAAGCAAGUGAAUGGGUAAGAAGAACUGAAGGACAGUAUCCAUCUAUCUGCCAACGGCUUGAGUUGGGUAAAGAUUGGGACUCAGCCACUAAACAGCUACUGGGAAUCCAACCCAUAAAUACCACUUCUCCUCCAGAGUUCUUAAUUAUGGUCAUGGCUGAACGAAAUGAAGUUGUAUUUUAAACUUUUUUCAUGCUUCUAUCUAUAAAAUAAUCAAAUAUUAAUAGAUACCUAUAAUGAAAUUUAAUUAUGAUUUUAUUGAAUGUAGCAGUAAGUCGCUUUAAAAUAAAUGAAAGCAGAAUUUAUUAUUUUAACGAACUAAGAAGCAGUAAUAAAAUAAAAAUUACAAUA